AGGGAGUUGACGUCAACGGAGUCCGUGGUAGGGGCCCCGAAGCAGGGUCUGGAAAAGGGGGAUGGGAUGUGGGUGUGAAGGGAUGCAGCCCCCCCAAAAGAAAUCGAGAUGAAACAGAAAUACCUACUAAUGAUGCCCCAAUGCAAAACCUGAGAAGAUAAAGGGGGAAAAAGGACAAGCGUAUAUUUGUCUAAAAACGGGAAAAAGGAAAAAAAAAAAAGCCGUGAAAAAUCGAGGCAAAAACAUACGUUGAGGUCUAACCACGAACGAUAAAGGUGGAAGAAAGGAGUUUUCUGCCUGCAACACCCAAGCACUAAGCUAAUUUCCUUAAUAAACGAAGAGAUAUUGGAAACCAUCAAGGGACAGACAAAGGCAAACCAAAAAAAGGGGGGGGGGCAAAGAGACCGCAAGUCACAGGACAAUACAAAUGGCUGGAAGAAUCAUGACUUGACUCGGCAUAGCGAAACGCCAACCUGAGAUACCGGGUGAAGGCGGUUUAUGGCAGUGCGCUGAAUCGCAUGCUGUCACCACCGUUGCACGAAUCCACUGCGUAGACUAGCGAGAAAUUGCGAGAGGGGGGGGGUGAGUGCGUAGAUUACCAAGCCUGCUCCUGAUAGAAGAAAUUUCGUCACCGGGAGAAAUAACGGGGUAUCGCUGCCAUAAAGGACCAAGAUCGUAAUAGAUUCAAGGAAAUAAAACGCAUUGCUGAAGUUUGUACAAACGGAACGCAGUUGUUGCUUCUGAGUGUACAGUGACAUUUGCCUGAGGCAGGACCUGUGACAUCGUAACAGUCAGAAGGCUCCAGCAGAUGAGAAUCCAGCUGUCUGCCAUCAAGUCUGGCACUGAAGAGAUUUGCAGAGAUGUAGAGUGAUGCUACCAGAAGAGAGCUUCAAUUGGAUCUUCAGCAGGUGAUGCCAUCUGGUCCAGGGUCUCUCUUGUCUUGCACUGUGGACAUUCAGCACUGGAGAAUUCUUUGCUUUCUUUGAUAUCGGCUCUUGUUUUGGUGCAACCCACGAGUUCCCCAACCACCUGGAAGAACUAACAGGAAGUGGACAAAAGCAAAGACACAACCCCAGCUUAACGACUCGAACGAUACUUCUUCCAUGGUAACAGCUUGCUGUGGGAUCGACUCUUUCAUUAGCAGCGUGCAGCAGGAUCGUGAGCAACAGCUCUGACACUCCUGAGUGGGCCUAGGCCUUCUCUUCACUCCAGUCAGUGCUCUCUCUGCUGUUCAGAAGGGUAAUUUUGGUGGCUUUGGAGCAGUUUGAUUCUUCAGUUCUUACAGGACUGAAUAUCUGGAUCUGGAAUCUGCAAUCAAAAAGGUCAGCCCCAGAGGUGACCACUCAGGCUCAUCUUCCUAACUGUUGCAUUUGCACCAGAGACUAGAAUCUGACCAGAACUUCAUUGUCUGGGCAUCAUCAGGGCGACAGAGAAGAGCAGAGGCACCAGUGAGACCAGACGUGCACUGUCUCCACAUUUCACUUGAGAUUACAGGAGCUUUCUCUGUGAAGAAAGAAUGGCUCCUCUGAAGAUAAACGGCUUUGUCCAAAUCCGAAGCAAGAACCGGAGCAAGCACACCCGGGCUUCUCAGUGGAAAGAAGCAGUCAUCCAAAUAGUAGAAAGAAAACAGAAGGUUAAUCUGGUGGUUUCCUUGAAGUUGGAAGGAAGGAGCAGGGUUUUUCAGCUGGGUGAUAAUGUUGCAGGUGUAAUGGUUAGUUGUUGUGAGACAGGAGAGCAUCAUCUGCAUUUAACUCUGAAAGAUGACACUUCCUUACUCAUUGACAAGUUAUCCUCUGUAGAUGUUGAAAGGCUGAAGUCAUUACUAGAUUCUUUUCAUCCAUGUGAAUCCCAACAGCUUGAGGAACCCAAGAGUAGUCAGCAUGUUCUUGAGAGCAGUGAUCCAUUUUGCAGGAAGCACCAGGAGUCAGUUGCUGGGUCCCAGAAUACUAAACAAGAAAGUGGAGCUCCGGGGCCCAUGAAGAUGCCACUUUUGUGGCCAAACUCCAGCAGCAGCCAUGUUGAAAAAGAGAAAGUAGAAAAACCGAGCAUAAAGAGGAAGAGAAAGUCAACACCCAGUGUAGAAAUAAUUGAGGAGAUUCUCGAAGUAAAUAAUCCUGAACCAGAAAAGAAAUCCAAGACCUAUAACUCCAGGAAUAAAAGAUGCAAAGGAGAGAAACCAAUGGCUUUAAGAGAUCAGGAAAAGCUUAACAUUUGGAAACUUGAACCUUCAUUCAAUACCAACACCUGCUGGAGGCCUAACCUAGAUGACACUAUUCUUCCAACACUAGCAUGGUCUGAUGAAAGUGGAUCAAAGUUUAGCCAGGAAACCCAAACAUAUGACCUGCAGCCUCCUCUCGAGACUUACGCAAAGCAACUGAAACGUGAAGGCUUCCCCAAUUUGGGAAAUACCUGUUACAUGAAUUCCAUUUUACAAUCUGUCUUUGGGAUUCCAACGUUUGCAAAGGACUUGCUCACACAAGGUAUUCCAUGGGAGAAAGUUUCCUAUGAUGAUCUUAUCAAGCCCUUAAGUCAACUGCUUGUCUUGAAAGACAUCCGAGAUAUAGAGGUCAAGGGAGAGUUACUCAUUAAUGUCAAGAAAUCCAUCUCCACAGUUGCAGACACAUUCUUGGGUGAUGAACAGAAUGAUGCCCAUGAAUUUCUAAGUCAGUGCUUAGACCAGUUGAAACUGAACAUGGAAAAACUAAAUACCAUGUGGCUCACUGAGAUGGACAAUGACGCUGAAGAAUCAUCUCUAUCAACAUAUGAUGAGAAUGCCAUCCCCAAAAGGUUUGUUUGUCCUGUCAGUGCUAAUUUUGAAAUAGAGCUGCAGAGCUCUAUUGUUUGUGAGGCCUGUGGUGAGGCUACUCUCAACACUGAAGUGAGCAAUUACCUCUCUGUUGACCUGCACCAAGGCACAAGAGAACAGCCUCUAUCAAUUCAAAAGUCACUUGAUCUUUUCUUUACACCAGAAAAAAUUGAGCGUAAUUGUGCGAAGUGCAAGAACAAGAAUUCUGUUCUCAAGUACACUUUGAAGAGGCUCCCCAGGGUCCUCAUUGUUCAUCUGAAACGCUACCACUUGACCCCUAAUGGGUUGUUGGUGAAGAGUCAGCAGCCAGUUGAGAUUUCUAAGUAUCUAAAUGUAUCUUCCCACUUCAAUGAAAACAUAAAAGAACCACUUUCCUUGACCAGCAAGACAUCUUAUGAGGACUGUGAUGUCCCAAAUGUCUCUGAAGAGAUGAUGCCUGAGAUCCUCAGCCAGCCAAUACCAUCUAGGAGUGUGAAGAACUAUGAGAAAAUUAACGUAUAUGGAACAGCAGAUCGUCACACUACCACUGAGAUGUUCAAUUAUUUUUAUGAUCUUAAAGAACAAAUGAUUCUGGAAGGAUCUCAAGAAAUGGCUGAACAGCUCCUCCAGAAUCCUGGGACUAGAUUCCACAAGGAAUUCCUUCCUCAGGGAUCACCUCAAAGUGUUAGGGAUUUUGCAGAAGACACAGAGAAGGAUAUGAAUACAUCUUUAGAUCUGAGAGAUGACAUAGAUGAUGAAUACUCUCUUGGUGCAUGGUGGAAUCCUGAAAGCAGCAAUUUUCUGGGAAGCAACUACCUAUUGGAUGUUAUUGAUGAGUCAGAAAGUAUGGUAUUUGGAGAUGAUCCUCAGAAUUACAGACUGGUCAGUGUUGUCAGCCAUUUUGGGAGCUCCCAAGAUUCAGGUCAUUAUGUAAGCGAUGUGUAUGAUUUUCAAAAGCAAGCAUGGCUCCUGUACAGUGAUGUCCAAGUGUUUGAGAUCCCAGAGGCCUUGAUUCAGGAGAAUCGGCUUCACACUGGAUACAUUUUUUUUUACAUGCGAAAUGAGCUUUUUGAGUGGCUGUUGAAAAAGGCAUCAGAGUGCAAGUUGCUUAACACACCUAAAGAGCAACAGAAGAAUAUGGAUCUUUUCUCAACACUGCUUAAUGGCUUUACAUACUUCCUAGAAGAAUCCUAAAUUCUACCCAUAAGGAAGACCCAUCAAGCUCAACGGAAAACUCAGAAAACAAAACAGAACAAAACAAAACAAAACAAAACAAAACAAAACAAAACAAAAAACAAAACAGAACAAAACAAGACAAAACAAAACAAAACAUAACAAAACAAAACAAAACAAAACAAAACAUCACAUCACAUCACAUCACAUCAUCACGUAAUGAAACAAAACAAACAACAUAUUAGGACAGAAACCCAUACAUCCAUGAUGCAGGCUAUAUACCAUUUUCUCCAACAAGGCUAUAGUGAUGCUUUUCAUGUUUUUUUUUUUUAUUUGUUUGCUUUUGUUUGUUUUGUGUUUGUUUUUGUUUUUGUGAGACAGUGUUUUUCUGUGUAGCUAUAGCUGUUCUGGAAGUCACUCUGUAGAGCAGGCUGGCCCCAAACUCAGAGAUAUAUCUUCCUCUGCCUCCCAAGUGCUUUGAUCUAUAAGGUGUGUGCCACUACUCCCCAGCGGCGGGAGGAUUUUUUUAAAAAUGAUUUUUAUUUUUAUUUAACGUGUUUUGCCUGCAUGUCUGUCUCUGUGAAGGUGUUGAGUUUUCUGAAACUGUUAUUACAGGCAGUUGUGAGCUGCAUGUAUGUGCACCGAGCCUUCUCUCUAGCCCCUAGUGCAGUGGUGUUUUCAAUGUCAUUCUGAACCAAUACAGCAUAGCAAGGAACUGAUGAAAGGUCAAAUGUUAGUGUCCAACCUCAUAAUGGAUUCAGAACCAAUACUGAUGGACUUAAAAGUUUGGGAAACAGUGUGUAAAAUGUCUUAUUUUGUUAGUGUAUAUAUGAAUUGCUCACGUCAUCUGGAGGGUUUUCAUGGUAUUGUUUGCUUUCGCUGAAUUCAUGUAUACCAUUCUAUUGCCAAUUUAUUAAAAUCAUUGUUUUCUAUA